UCCUCCCUGUGAUGGUAACGCGUCACUGUCAUGCACAUGGCUCCGAACCCAAUUCGAAAAUCCUGCGAUGUCUCCAAAUAAACCACCGCAUAUCAUUCUCCUCCCUUCUACGGUCCCUUCUACUGACCUAAAAAUCAUUACUCUCCCCCACCCACACACUCUCGUGCCAACCCGCUACUUGGUCCACCCAACUCAUGGCCUACACGAAAUCAUCAAACUCACUGCGCCCACCUCAACACCUCGCUCAUGGCUCCUCACCCCGCCGUCUAAACUAUCCAGCCCGCCUAAAUGGCUCAGAAAUGGUCAGAUACUUCAGGAUGGCAGCAUGUACAUCUGCACGCUUAUGGACCCGCUCUUCGUGCUUUUACCCCGGUUAUUCCCCACCGGCGCAGUCGAUGUGGUUAACAUGUUUCUGCCAGUAGACGAUCUACUUGAAGAGAUUACUAAAGGGGAGGAGGGGGAUUGGGAAUUCGUCAUCAAGUCACAGGUUACAGAGAGGAGACUUGCCGCCGUUUGUGAGAGUGUGGAUAUUGGUGGUAGGAAGGCUUACAAACCUUCCCGGGAGAAGCUCUUGAAGGUUUUGCAUGGGAAAUGUGUCCGGAUGGCAAGAGGGGAAUUGCCGGCCACCAUGGAGGAGGAGUUUGUUCGGAAGCCAUUGGCUAGGCCGGUGGCCGAGAUUAUGGCCGAAUUGGCUGAGGAAAGGGAGGGUGCUAGGAGUGUGAAGGAAUUGGAGGAUAAUGUCGGAGAGAGGGGGGGAGUGGACGGCACAGAGGCUAUUAGGAUGGGAUCCCCAGCUCUCCCUACACCUUCGGAUUCUCAAUCCAGACAACCCCGGCUCGCAGAGGCUUCACUAGAGAUUUCAGAUCUCCUACGCAUACGAGUCGCAAGCGAGUUCAUAUCAAAUAGCUAUCUACCCGUUUGUCUCGCCGAAGUGCUCUCUGAUUGUCUGCGGAAGUCACAUGAUUUCACACCUUUGGACAAUUAUCUGGCGGAAUUAGUCAAAAUUCGCCAGGAAGCAACGGCAGCGCGCAACGACUAUACACUCAAACGAAGCCACUCAAACGAAGAGAUUGUUGAUCGAAAACGCAGGAAGAAGGAAGUGGAGGCGGUGGAAAAGAAGAAGAGAAAUGUUAGCCGUGCUGCUAAGGAGCUGCAAAUGGUCGACAAGAAGGGAAUGCCUAAGUUGACAGCUUUUUUCAAAAAGAAAGCUGCAUAG